CACACCGCGGCGCGGCGCUCGCGUCGGGACGUUGAAAAACCGGCCAUCGUCCGCGGACGGGUCGUCAGAGAGCAGCGCGCCAAUCUCGAAGCAGCCAUGUGCGACUUGAAGGGGGAACACCGGUGCGUUGCCAUUUCGGGCGAGACCGUCAAGUCGGCCUGGAAAAGGGUGAUCGACUAUUUCUCGGCGCAUGGCGGCGACAAAGCAGCCGAAGAAGAACUGCGCACCUACGAUGAGGCGCCCGAGUUCCUCCGCCAGAACCCGUUCAUCCUGACGGGCUACCGCUGCAACUUGGCACUGCGCCGGUGCGCGCGCUCCGCAUUCGAGUGGAACAACGAGACGCUCAACAUUUGGACGCACCUGUCGGGCUUCUUCGUCAUGCUGGCGCUGUUCGUGCACGACCUCGUCCAGCGGCUGGACGAGGUGUCUCCCUCUGCGGUGGACCGCGCGUUCUGCGUCGCCAUCUGCCUGGCGUACAUGACGACGCUGCUGCUGUCGGUGGUGUACCACACGUUCAACUGCCACUCGGAGCAGUGCUACCAGCGGCUGCUCAAGUGGGACGUUCUCGGCGUGGCGCUCAGCCUCAGCAUGACGUUCCUCUCGGGCGUCCACUUUGCCUUCAGCUGCCGGCCGGGGCUGGAGCUCGCCUACGGCGGCGUCGAGCUGCUGCUUGUCGCGGUCGUGCUGGUGCUCAACUUCGCGCCCCGCUUCGCCGACCGAGCGGAGCUGGAACCCGCGCGGCUGCUGGUGCUCAGUUCGCUGGUCCUCUUCGGCCUGGCGCCCACCGCGCACUGGUUCUCUCUCAACGGCGGCCUCGAGGCGCCAAUCGUCCGCCUGCUCCUUCCACGCAUCGCUGUGCUCUUCGGCCUCAUCGGCAUGGCGUUCGCCGUGUACCGCUUCCGACUCCCCGAGUGCCUGUGGCCCGGCCGCGUCGACUACGUCUUCUCGAGCCACCAGAUUUGGCACGUCAUUGUGUUCCUGUCGCUAGUCUGGUGGCACGAGACUGGAUUCGUCUAUUUCCACUUUAUGCGCAGCGGACAGCAGUGCGGCGUGCCCACGUAGUGUUCUUUCGUGUGCGAGGCGUGUGCAGCAGUGUUGUCCCAUGCGGGCGCCCAGCACACACACACACACAAUAUCGUCCGAGCUGUAGAACGCCUUCCCAGAGUUCUGAUUUCUGCUUGGGCUGUGUGUUUCGCGAAACAUGCGCGCAUACUCAUCCAGAGCAUGGGCCCAAUGUUUGUGUGCCCAUAGCGAGUGGACAGAUACAACUUUCGUUGGAACUUUCACGAGACGGACGCUCUCGCACGACUUCAUGCGCGCAUGAUGUGUCGUAUACUGUCCUUUUUUUUUUCGAUCACCUGCACAUGUCAUCAAAGUGCAGUGACUUAAGUGGCAAUGCGGGCGCCAACCACGUCACGCAUGCUUUCAAACUUUGCACAUCAUUGGACCUCUUCUCCGAAGGCCGUUCAUCCCUUCAGGUCAUGGAUCUCAACGCUGCCUGUGUACUUUGCAGGCGUGGUCAGUUCCUAUUCUUCUCUUGAGUAUGUAGAAACAACUACAAACCAAGAGAUGAACUACAACGUACCGAGAAAACAAGGACUGGACAAUUUCUUUUGAAAAGAAGUUGGUCCAUUAGCACCGGCCGACCCUGACAGGUUUUGGCCAUCAGUGCCUUGUUAGCAUUUUUUUGGUUCGUUAACGAUGCUGGCGUUGUGGCGAACUUAUGACGUGUAUUUUUGCCAAAUAGUAUACUAUAUGUUUCAGACACUCAUUUAAACAUGUAAUAUAAAUUGCGCUAGAUAAGCGUAACAUUUCUGUUGUUUGCUGCUUUAAAAUUUUGCUUUGUUCAACAGCGAAACAGAGGCAGCGCUGAGACGCCGCUCAUGUUCAAAUGAGAUAAAUGCUGUUCAUCAGUGGUGACACUAUUUCAGCGACGUCUGCAUUUUGCUGUUGAACAUAAAGACUUUAGCAAAUACGGAAAGGGGGGCGGGGGAAUGUGUAACUUCUAUAGCGCAUUUAAAUCGGUGUGCUAGUUUGAAUAAACGCAUUUGUUAUCACAGCA